AUGCGAUCAUCACAAGUUCCACCCGAUGGUGGCUACGGGUGGGUUGUAGUUGCGGGUUGUGCGCUAGUUAACGUGUUUAACCAAUCACUGGUGUCGGUGUUUGGGCUCAUGUUUGCUGACUACCUCACAAGUCUCGGUGAGCACGCGUUUGGGGCUGCGCUGGUGAUGAACGUGUGCAACAUUUCGCUGAACUUCUCCGGCCUGAUCACCGGUCCCAUCAUAAACCACUUCAAACCACGCAAGGCAGCGAUCCUGGGAAGUCUGCUAACCGGUAGUGCGCUCACACUCUGCUCGUACAGCACCCAACUGUGGCAGAUAGUGCUUUCGUACAGCGUCACAUUUGGGUUUGGGCUUGGACUGAUUCAAUCGUCCACCUUCGUCGCUCUCAACUCAUACUUUCGGCUGCACAAAGGACGAGCGGUUGGUUUUGCGCUCGCUGGAACCGGUGUCGGUCAGAUUUUGAUGCCGUUGUUGGUGCAAUAUCUGCUGAGUAACUUCAACUUCCGGGAUGCAACCCUUAUCAUCGGUGGGCUGGCGUUCAACGGGGUAGUUGGAGCAUGUCUUUUGCAACCGGUAGAAUGGCAUAUGAGUAAAUCCUCAGCGGCAGAGGACAAAGAAAGUCAACCGUUGUUGGCCGUGGAUCAUGGAGCUCCGAAAGCAAACGGGGAUGGAUUGUGUAAUAAGCAAACCUGUGGCUGGUCUAAGCUAGCCGCACUCAUGGACUUUGCUAUUCUAAAGCAGGUUUCCUUCCUGAACUUGAUUGUUGGGUUGGGACUUGCCUACACGGCAUCAACUAGCUUCUCGCUCUUUUUCCCGUACUUUCUACAGAAAUCCGCCAACCUAACUAUGCUAGAAGCGGCCAACUGCAUGGCGAUGCUUUCCACGACAGAUUUGCUCACAAGGAUAACGGUUCCUGCAUUUGUGGACAAAAUGGAGUUCUCCCACCGGACAACGUUUCUGCUGGCGGGCAUUUGCUUGGUAGUGGCACGAUCAAUCAUGGCUGAGAUGCGCUCGAUCAUUCCGCUGAUGAUCACGUCGGCAUUCUACGGCAUUUUCCGCUCGAUCACGAUCGUGAACCAGAACCUCACCGUGGCGGAGUACUGCAGCGAGCGGCGUGCGGAGAAAAUGCUCCCAAAUGCUCUCGGUUUUAAUAUGGUGACGAAGGGCAUACUUGUGCUCAGCCUUGGGCAAAUUCUUGGAUGGUUUGCGGACUUUACCGGGAGCUAUUCGCUGAAUUUGCACGCACAGAACCUGCUGCUAGUAACCACGUGCGUGCUGUGGUUGUGUGAGAUGUAUUUUAAAGAUGAUGAUGAAUAG